UCAAAUCAUAAAUCAUAAAAUCAUAAAAUGUAAUGCAAGAAUCUGCACUUUUACCUUUGAUCCACCACUCCGUUUUAAAGACCGCUUAAUUUGCUUGUUUCUAGGUGUGUUCGUUGCUAGUGGCGUCAUAGUGUGGUAACCUGAGCUUUUGCUACAUAGUUGAAUUGAUUUCGUUGUGUCGCUUUGUGGGCAGGAAACGGAAAAUACGCUGGUGAGUGGGGGAACAGACAAAAUAUGAAGGCAUUGUUGAGGAGAGAAGGAAUUAUAACAUACCUGGUCUCCUUACCUCUGUGUCUGCAUUUGGGUCCACUAACCUGUGACAGAACAAACAAACCAUCUUAAACGCAGCAGAUAUUAUGUGGCCAGAUAUGGACCCAGUGUCCAAUAUAAACUCUGAGAAGAUUGAGGAAGCACUCCUAAACCUCCAGGAGUGCAUAGCUACCGCUGUUGACACUCGCCAGAGGCUGGAAACCAUGGGGCGUACAAUGAGUAUAUUGGCCACCCAGGUACAACUAUUAACCAAUAAUCAGCGGGCCACCACACCAUCUGUGGCCCGGGCGACAUCAGCAGUCGUCCCUCCUCCUGCACCAUCGGUGGCCCAGCUUACUUCAGCAGUCCUUGCUGCUCCUGCCCGGUCAGCGGCCCGGUCGACCCGAACAGUUUGCCCUCCUCCUGUCCUCCAGGAGUGCAUAGCCACCGCUGUUGACACUUGCCAGAGGCUGGAAACCAUGGGGCAUACGAUAAGUAUAAUGGACACCCAGGUACAGCUAUUAACCAGUAAACAGCAGACCACCACACCAUUGGCGGCCCGGCCAACAUCAGCAGUCGCAGCUCCUCCUGCCCCAUUGGCGGCCCGGCCAACAUCAGCAGUCGCAGCUCCUCCUGCCCCAUUGGCGGCCCGGCCAACCCCAGCAGUCCACGCUCCUCCUGCCCACCACCGGCCUCCAGGGGGGCAGCGCCUUAUUUGCCACCGGACUCUGGUUUGCCCAUCCACCAGUGGCACAAGUGUUAAAGAAUUCCAAUUAGGUAAGAGGAAGAUGGAUCUUCAGGGAGAGUCCAGUAAUUGGCAGUCACCAACAAAUAGACGAUGUAAUGACAGUGAGACGCGACCAUACACCAGUGAGACGCACCAGAGGAGUCAUCUUUGUCCAGUAAAGAGGAACAGGCAAAAUUUGCCGUUCUUGGUCAUGGAUGAAUUUGUUCGCAGCAAAUUAAAUGAGUGGAGGCUCAGCGAGUGGAUACAACGAUUUAAGGAUGAAGGCAUUAACCAGGAAAGUCUUUACUGUCUUAAUGAUCAAGAAAUUGAUAGUUUGAUCCCUAAAUUGGAACCAAGGGCAAUAUUUAAGAGAAGACUUGAGUCAUUAAAGGCAGAACAAAACACAACGGAUCAAGAAACAGUUGAUUUUCCUGCUCAAUGUCAACAAGAGCAUGAAGAAAGAGCUGCUUGUGUUCAGGAUUGCCCGUCCACCAGUGACACAAGUGGUAGAGGUGAGAAAGAAUUCCAAUUAGGUAAGAGGAAGCUGGAUCUUCAGGGCGAGUCCAGUAAUUGGGAGUCACCCACAAGAAAACGACGUAAUGACAGUGAAACACCAUCAUACACAGAAAAAAUCAUCCUGUCUGAGGUGAAAAAGAUCAUGAAAAGUGUCGAUCACAGAAUACCAAAUCAAGACAACAAAAAGCUCAAUUCUUUCCUGAAGACUAAAAUCAGUGAUUUGAAGACAGACAAGAGGGAGCUGGUCGGUGUCUUUGGUAAAACUGGGGCUGGAAAGAGCUCUUUGAUCAAUGCUGUCACUGAACAGAAGAAGCUCUUGCCCUCUGGAAGCAUCACUGCAUGUACCUCAGUCAUGAUCAAAGUGGAGGCCAACAUGCAGAACUCAAAGUAUGAGGCACACAUUGAGUUCAUAACAAAGGAGGAGUGGAAAGAUGAGUUGUGGUCCGCAUUUAAUUUACUUCGGGACAAUGCAGCUCAGGAAAAUGAUGAAGAUGAAGAUUAUCGUGACACUGUUGAAAAGCUGUCAGCGCUAUAUGGAGAAGAAUGGAAAAACAAAUCCUAUGAAACUCUCAUGGAUAGCAAAUAUUUCAGAGAAAUUCCAGGAUUUCUCCAAUCCAAAAGGAAGAUUUUGACAUAUGAAUCAGCUGAGGAGCUGUCUGCAAAAUUGGUCAAAUACACGGGAAAUGACUCUCAAGUGGGAGAAGAAGUAAAGAGGUGGUACUGGCCACUAGUAAAGUGUGUGACUGUCAGGGUGCCUAAUAAUGAUCUUCUUGAGCAUGUCACACUUGUGGAUCUUCCUGGAAAUGGGGACCGUAACAAGAGCAGAGAUGAAAUGUGGAAAGGGGUUGUUGGAAGUUGUUCUACUGUGUGGAUUGUGACUGAAAUUAAUCGAGCAGUAUCAGAGAAAGAACCGUGGGAAAUCCUGAAAGGUGCCUGUAGCCUCAUGGGAAAUGGUGGCCAGUGUCAACAGAUUCACUUUAUUUGCACCAAGUCUGAUGAAGCCGGAGGUUUGGAUGUUCAUUCAGCAGGUGGUACUCAGGCUGCCAUAUGUGAAAGAAACAAGCAAGCCAAGGAAAGAGUGAGGAAAGAAUUCAACAAACUAACCGAUGUUAAGAAACAUUUCAGUGAUGACUGUUUGAAAGUGUUCACAGUGAGCUCCUCUGAGUUUCUAAACAAGAAACAUCUAAACCCAGAUGAAACUGAAAUACCCAAACUUCAGGAAUUUCUGAAAAAUCUCAAUGACUGUCACUCAGAGACAUUAAAUUAUGUGUCUGGAGCUUAUGGGAUUCUCUCCCUGAUUCAAGGGGCCCGCUGUAGAGAAGUGGGUGUCCAAAAAACACAUGUGUGCAAAAUCCUUGAAGAAAAAAUGAGGCAGGAACUUAUAAAUGUCACAAAUCCGAUGGAAGAGGCUGAGAAAGCUUUUGAAAAAUGCCUUGGUGAUGGGGUUGAAAGAUCAAAAAGUUCAUGUGAAAAAAUCUUGAAGUCCGUCUUAUAUCCGAAAGGGAAGAAAGGUUUUUACGGGACACUGAAGUGUGUGGUUGAGAACAAUGGCAUCCACAAGUCAAAAUAUGGGAAACAAAUAAACCUGAAUGUGACAUUAGCUUCAUGUCUGACUGACAGCAUUGAUGAGGAAUUCAAGAGUACCUUCCCAAAUGAAAGAAAUCGUGCACCAUUCAAAGGGGCCAUCAAUACCUUUUCACUUGACACAGAGGGGCUGAUUCAAGAGUACAAAGACGUUCAACUGCAACUUGUAUUUCUCAAAACAGAGGAAGAGGAAAUUAAGACAAAGCUCAACAAAAUGAUCCGGGAGCGUAAGAAAACAAUCUACAGCAGUCUGAUGACUACAAUCGAGAAAACCAUGCAAGAAUGCUAUGGAAAAGCAGCAAAAUUUACAGGAAAUGGUGCACUGAAAAACAUACGGGAAACUAUUGAGCAGCAUGUAAAUGGUUUAAAGAGCGACAUGUUUCAGCAGGCCAAAGUUGAAAUGUUGACCCAGCUGAGACUCUUGAAGGAGGAUAUCCUGAAGACUCUGGGGGACACAAUGCAGGAAUCAAUCAAGCUGUCACUCCAAGAAGAUGGGGAGUCAAUCCCAGACUUUUCAAUGGAGCUUGAGAAGGUGAAGAGACACUACAAUAAACUGAAGGUAAGCCCAAAUGAAGAAACACUAAUUGGGACAGAAGUAAUAAUAAUCCACUGAGCUGAUCUAGCCCAGCAGCUGUGCUCCACGACCACAUACACAGGUUUGCUUGGUGGAGAGAAACAGCAGAAGCCUGAUUACUCAUUGAAGAUCCCUCCUGGCACACCGAUUAGAGACAUGAGGAUUUGGUCUUAAGUUGUUAUCCCUUAUUCUUUUUGUGUGUUGUUUUUAUACCAUAGCUUUGCUGAUUUAUGAAUUGCAUGCAGAUAUGUUUUAGAUUUAGUUUUUUGUGUAAGACUUUUUUUCUCUUUUUUAUUUUGCCUUGAACUGAUUAUAUAUCCGAGACAGACAGGGGAAAGAGAGACUGGCAUGACAUGCAGCAAAGGUCAACAGUCCAAUUAAAACCAGGGAGGUUGUAGUUUUCAUGGUAUAGGUCUUAGCCGUUAGGCCUACUAUGGUGUCCCUGAGACAGUAUGCUUGUCAAGUACUGGUUGAUCUUGACUUUUGUCAAGUACUUGAUUGGGAUUGGUGUGUUACAGUUUUAAUUAUUUUAUGGGUGUCUACAUUAAACCUUGGUUGCGGUUCAAACAGUAGGUUGGAUGUAAUAUAGACAUAGGCUUUUUUAAAGAAAUAUCUUGAUCUUUUUUCUUUUAUAUUCCAGGACAAAACUGUUAAAAUCAUUCAUGUUACACAUACAAAUGAAGCUCAGUCAUCAGAGUAUACAUUCAAAACAGACAGUCAUGCAAAUUGAAUGCAUUUAUCCUGAGGAGGAACUUACCUUAAGGCAUAUGCUAUGCAUCGUUUGCUAAACACAAGGUCUUUUACUGCAACUUCAUAUGAGAGUGGUUGCCUAAAUAUCUUCUCACUGAUAAUAUUGUUUCUCUUUCUGUGUGAUCCCACAUUAUUUUCUUAUUUUUACUCUUAUUAUUACCUGCAUUCACACACUGGAGUAACACCAGCAGUAACUUUGAGUGUGGCUGUUUCAAUACUAUAGAGAUAUUAGCAAGUUUAUAUAGUGCCUAAUGCAUAACAAUAGUUUGUGUAUAUUCCAGGACAAAACUGUUGAAAUCAUUCAUGUUACACAUACAAAUGAAGCUCAGUCAUCAGAGUAUACAUCCAAAACAGCAUACAUAAUAUCUGCGGCUAAUAUCUAUUUGCAUAUCAAUAAAGUUUUUGAACACCAUG